CAUCCUUCUUCUUAGAUACACACACAUAUAUACACAUAAUGAUUAUUCCAGUCCGUUGUUUUUCAUGUGGUAAAGUUGUUGGUGAUAAAUGGGAAACCUAUUUAGAAUAUUUACAAGAUGAAGCCAUGACUGAAGGUGAUGCAUUGGACAAGUUGAAGUUGAAGAGAUAUUGUUGUAGAAGAAUGGUAUUGACCCAUGUUGAUUUGAUUGAGAAAUUCUUACGUUAUAAUCCUUUGGAAAAGAAGGAAAUAAGUUAAAGUGGAACAUUAAACUCGUCAUUCAUUUCCUCAUCCCACCACCUUUUGUAUUUUUAGAAACCAGGUCUUUUUUAAUAGUGAAAUAUAUAUAUACGUCAUAG